GUACAUGUGAAAUAACAUUAUUAUUUACCUAUUAACAAGAUUUUACAAAAUUUCUAAUAGGCGUAACAUACGGAAUCAGCAAAAUAUAACUAUUAUGUUCUUAGAUUUUCGCCCCAAUAAUGUCUCAGGAUAUUUUACCCCACGGAGCAAGUAAAUCGAAUAAAAAAUGGGACAGGGAUACGGUUGUGCCGUUUAUUUUAUUACCACUUCUGCUAUUGAUAGCAACAAUAUCUCUUACCAUUACGAUAAUUGUUAUGAUUUUUAUUGGAAUGGGCGCCUUAUACGUUCAAUCACGUCCUAGACAGAAAAAUCGAUCCCCCUUCUUCUAUUCAUGGACAUUGUCAUCAGGAAUUUGUAUGUUUCUUGUGUAUGAGCUAGGGGUUUUAUCAUUACUACAAAUAACUCAAUUAGAAAACUUUAUAUUUUUAUUACUGUUGGCUGGAACAUGCUAUUGUUUCUAUAGGAUGAAAGCAAUUGCUGAUCAUGAAUUAUAUUUGGGUACAAAAGGUAAAGAAUACAGUCCUGUAUUAACUUCUGAUUCAUAUUACUGCCAAGUCUGUCAAUUGGAAGUAAAUGAAAGAUACUUUCACUCUAUUUGGUGGGAUUGUUGUGUUUUCAGACCAAAUUACAUUUAUUUUGUAUAUGGGCAAAUAUUUGCAUUUGCAACACUUGCUUUUGGUGCUAACUUGGGACUCACAACUAUAUGUCAUCCCAUGAUAUUGUUUGGUUCACUGAUGAUACCUGAAGAUUGCACUGAUGCUUAUUUUGAAUUUAACUAUGCAUUAUGCUUUGUAUCAUGUGUUUAUGCAAUUGGGUACUUAUCAGUAAUUGCCUUAGUUAUUCUCCAACAACUGUUUAUCUACCUUCCAAAGUAUUUUGCACCACAGUGGAGAAGGCUGGUUGAUGUUUGAAUUUCAGUUUUGGAAAAAUUUAAAAGAUAAUAGAAUAUUUCUUUUAUAAGGUUUCAGAAGUGUUAUAUUAAUUUUACCAUAAGCUUUUAUCAGCGUGUCGUACUACAAUAGUAUGACUACUAUCGAUUUCUCGAUAGCCUAGUCAUUCUACUAAAGGCUGUAGUUUUGCUUACAAAGUUUGUGGUUUUAACACUGAAAAUUGGUUGUCUUUGUGUGAGCAUUAUUCUUCAAAUGUCUUUUAACAGAUUUACUUGCUAUCGCAGCAUUGUAAAGUGACGAAAUACAUUCGCGUUAAGUCUAAAUAAAAGUCGAAUAAUUCGAGUAAAAUAGAAAUAAUAUAUCGAGGGCGGGUAAUUUUUUUGUUCAAGUAUACCUUAUAUACAAAACGUACAAUGAUGAUAAGUAACGGGGAGUAAAGUUACACAGUAACAGUAUUAAAUAAAAAAUUGUUAUUGAGAUUCAGAUUCCGAGGGCUCAUGACCGCCUUCCUCCAUCGGCCGGUCUUAAAAACUCAAAAUAGCUAUUAUCAAGACAAGUAAUGUAACAUUGAGUCAUUGUGCAUAGUUAAAUACAGUAAGCAAUAAAUUCAUCACAAUUACGAAAAUGCACAGCAAUAAUGAAACAAUCUUGCUACCGAUGGAUCUUCAAUAGCUGUUUUAUAGACAUGUUGCUGAUUAAAAUUUCCAUACAAUAUUCGCUAUACGUAACAAGUAUUAUAACAAAUAACGUAUAUCAGACUUAGUUACUAAUAAGAUCCGAGUAAUACCAAAUGACAAAUGUAUGUAAACAUUGACGGCUCAGACAAAAUGACUAUGACGUAUUGGAAUACUUAAAGUUCUGUCAGAACUCGUUGGCGGGAAUUGUACUUUCCUAUAUUUAUGUUUUUUUUAAAGAUUAUGUUUAUAGAUAAGAAAAUCAAAUAUUUUAUAAAAUAAAAAUAAUU